AUGACAUCAACUCAACAAACAGGUGUGCCUUUUGAACGUAUUCGUGGCUCACCUGGAUUCAAUGUUAAUAAUCUUGAAUGUUCUAUUUGUCAUGAAUUACUUUGGAAACCAGUUGCCUGUCGAACAUGUGAAACACCUUUCUGUUCAACAUGUAUCAAUCAAUGGUUGAUCAACCAUCCAAACCAGUGUCCAAAUCAAUGCCAAAUAUUCGCUGAACGAAAAUGUCCUCCAUUCAUUGUUAAACUACUUUCUCAAUUACAAAUUGCUUGUUUCUAUCAAUCUACUGGUUGCAAUGAAAUCAUUUCAUAUGAAGGAUUAGAUAAACAUGAGAUCGAAUGUAAUUUCCAGUCUCAACAAUGUCCUGGUUGUCAAUUACAAAUAAUAAAAGAAGAUUUUGAUAAUCAUAUAAGUAACUGUACAUCAAUCGAAUUAACUUGUCAAGAUUGCAAAAUUGUAUAUAAAAGAGGUGAUGCUGAUAGAAAACAUACAGAAAAUAUUUGUUUGAAAGAACAACUUCGACAACUUCGAGAUGAAUACAAAGAGAAUAAACGUGAAAUGCACGAACUUACACUUCAAUUACAUGAAAUGCGCUUAUUGAAUCCAUUGAUAAAAAAAAUAAGAAUUACAUUUGAUGAUCUCGACGGUACACUCGACAAAUUAUCUUGUAUUUCAGCUGAAUAUCGAGGAUUGAAAUGGACUGGAAUUUCUUCUAUGCACAAAUCGAAAAAAAUUUUUCCUCUAUUUCGUCAACGAAAUCAAAUUGUUUCAUUAGAUCGUAAGGAAUUUAUUGAGAUAAAACUUAUUGAAAUAGCUGCACUUGCUGAUAAAUGUGAUACAUCAAAACAUCAACAAUAA